UUUGUAUGUAAAAAGCUGCAUAACGUAUAUAAUUUUACUAUAUAAAUCUAAUUUUAACUGGAGAACAAUAAAGACAUAGAAAGGUCAUGGCAAGGUACUGAAUCGUGUCAAAAGAUGUCGACUUGGUCAUAGUUUCAAGAAAUAAAACUUAAUACAUCUUAGAUUCAAACGAGAUAUUGUAAACUUUAUGACUAUGGGAGUUUGUGGUAUAGUGGAUGAACAAAUUAUAGCUACUGUGUUAACUAUACUGGCCUGUAUGAUAGAUGUUAUAGGUUUUGCAGCCCCAUACUGGUAUUUUGAUGACAGCGGUAAGGAAUAUAUAUAUUUUGGAAUAUGGCAAUAUUGUACAUCGAAUCCUGCAACGUCUUGUAUUAAUCUUCCGAACAUUCAAACAUGGCAGGUCGUGGUUCAAGCAAUGGAGUCUAUUGGAUUAGUGUUCCUUUUGAUGGCUCUGUUCUUCCUAUACCCCAAGCUGUUUUGUUUUGAAAGAAGACAUUGUAUUCGAUAUCUAGUGGUUUGUUUCCUAUUGUCAUCAGCUACAUUUGUUUUACUUGGAGUAAUCAUAUAUGGAACAAUGGCACCACUGGGUUGGAUAGACAACAUUUACUUCGGCUUCGCCUUUGUUAUUAUCUCAGCAGGAAUUGCAGUUAUUUCUGCAUGUUUUCUCUGUCUUUGUCAACAGAAACACAAGAUCCAAAUAACACAUUUAAAACACUACUCAAUUAUAACAAAACAUUCCGGUUAGGUAUAUUGCUUAUCAUAAGUGCAUGUGUUAUAGUGUAACUGUAUCAAUUAUUUACGGAUUUCGUUUGUCACACUAUGCACGUCUUGUUUAUAAUAAUAUAAAAACUGUU